UCCAGAAAUGUUUUAAUCACAGUUAGUAGUAUAUAUUGGCUUUGGUAUUAGUAAAUUACAACGGAACGGAGGUUCGUUUUAAUGCUGUUUUAUUAUUGAUAUCAUGAAGAAAUGCUGAAUCACUGUUCUGGUUGGACUUCUUGUCGAACCGACUUGUAGGAUACGUUCCAAAACAGGUACGCAGUAUAUUCCGUUCUGUUUGAUCUUAGAUAAAUCUGAUAUGGAUUCAAAAAAUAAAUGCACUUCAUCACAAUUGCCUUCCAAUCCAUUUUUGGCUUUGUUCCAAACAAACCACCAACGAGAGGGCAACAUUACCUCCGAUGAACCUGUAUCUGUAUGCUACAAGGAAUCACAGGAAGAGACACUUUCAAGUACGACCAUAAAUGGACCAGCCUCUGAAUCCACCCCCUCAGYCGACCUUCAGAAUGAUGAAGGAAUAAUCAAUGAUAUUCUACAAAGAAUAUUCUUAGUGACUCUUAGUAAUGACAGUGAAAGACGAGCAAACAAGCAUGUUGGUUCACUUCCAAGAAGAUCUGUGUUUCUCAAGGAAACGUCCAAUGACACCGAUAGUUCUCUUCUGCUUAGCUGGAACAACAUCGAUCAGGCACUAAUGGAAAGACUAACAAUGGUACAUCCUAGCAAUAAUACCAUAGUAACUGGUGGAGCUCAUUCAACGUCGUUGACAGCUGAUCUUGAGGCAAGAGAGUCUCCUAACAUCAAAUACCUCAAUGCUUGUUACAGGAGAGCUUAUGAAGACUAUGUCAAGUUUAAGGCAAAGAAGCCAGAAUUAUGUCCAGUAGUUGAAAAAGCCCAAAAUCUUGCAGUGUCUUAUGCUGGUACUUGUCUUCUGAGCUCUGACUUGUUCCCAAGCCAGGAUCCACACAAACAGUUAUUUGAUUUAUUCAUUUCAAUGCAAGGUGACAGAACCUUUCCAGCAUUUGUACAUGAUCUGCUUCAACAAUACUCCAACAAAAGAGAAGUGGAAUCAAUAUUCUCUCCCAUUAUAUUCAUGCUGAAUGAGAAUAAGAAUGAAGUAAUGUUGUAUGGAAAUCAGACAUUCCAGUACAUUGAUCUGCUCACUUUCUUUGCUAAUCAAAGUGAACUAGCUGAGCUGAUUGUAUCCUGCAAUUGUUGGCUUCCACCAAGACAGGCUUUAUUUUUAGGGUCGCAGUCUGGUAGAGCAUUCCAAACACAAACCCUUAUUGGUCCCUAUCUUGCUCUGUCAAGUGUUUCACAAGACCCAAACAAACCUUCAGAACAUUUCCUUCAGCCAUCUCAACAAACCCAGGCAGAUAUGCAAGCAACCAUGGCGAACCUAAGAACUCAGCUGGACUCACUUUCCAACAAACACUUCAAGUUUUUCUUUGACAUGCUGAAAGCAUCCAAGAAUUGUAAGCAUGAGAUAUUGCGAUGGGUUGGUUCUUGUCUACACAGCAAUAUGCCAAGGCAAAGGAUGAUGUCAGAGCUUUUUGCCAUGACUUUAGCYGAUGAUGGAUUUUUCUUGAACCUUGGUUCUGUGUUACUCAAGUUAUGUCAGCCUUUCUUGGACCCUUCCUCUCCUAAGCUUCUCCGGAUUGACCCUCGUUACUGUGCUAUUGUAUCAAACCUUGAUAUGCUCUCUAACGAAGCUGCUGGGAUGCAUUCUGUUGGAUUUGAAGAGGAAACUAGACUUGUAAUGAGUGGUGAUGAAAAUAUAAAGCUAAAAUACACAGAACCAUUUGGUUUCGUGACUGAGCURUUCUUCAUGACCCACAGAUGCUUACAGCUGGGAGUUUGGAAAAUUUGUGAGAAAUACAGAAAAUUAAUGAAUGAYCUUGCACAAAUGCAAAGAACCUAUCAAGAUGCAUCUUCCCAGCAAGGUGUUGAAAGUGUAAUGCUUAGUACUCUGAAAGCCACUUUUGAAAAGGGGAUCAUCCAGCAGCUUAGUUUGAAGACUCAUCUUCUAAAUCCUACCUCCCUUGAACUUGUCAUGCGAUUCUACACAGCUACGGCAUCAUGGCUGAACCAAGUAGCUUUAGCUGGGGAUGAUUUYCAAGACAUGAAGGAAUUUAAAGAAUUACAAUUGCCUUUGCCAGAACAGUUCCAUCGACAGCAGGUAUUUUCUGAUCACAAGGAAGCCAUAAAACAUCUCCCYGUUGCAUUGAUGAGACUGUUCAUUGACAUUGAGUUCACUGGCCAUUCUAUGCAGUUUGAACAGAAAUUUGGUUAUCGCCAUCACAUGUAUACCGUACUGGAGUAUAUGUGGAGUCAACAGAAAUACAGGGACACCUUCAUUUCUCUUUGUAACUUCCAAAUGGAUGUGAAGAAAAAAGAAGAGCAACCUCCAUUAGUAUUAAAGUUCAUAAACUUGCUAAUCAAYGAUGCUGUUUUCUUACUGGACGAAGCUCUAGAGUUCAUGGCACAAAUCAAAAAGAUGCAGUUACGACAAGAUAAUGGAGAAAUUGAGGGACUCUCAGAAGAAGAACGGCAAGAGUUCCAAAGAGAGCUGCGGCAGACUGGUCAAAUGGCAAAAAGUCAUAAUAUCUUGGCCAACGAAACUGUGCAUACUCUUAAUUACCUUACAACAGAGCUCAAAAGGCCAUUUGUCAUACCCUGCAUGGCCAAUAGAAUUGCAGGAAUGUUGAACUACUUCCUACUGCAUCUGGUUGGACCCAAAAUGGGUUCUUUUAAGGUUAAAGACUUCUCAGAGUUCCAUUUCAAGCCCCAACAGUUAGUAUCUGAUAUUGUUGAUAUAUAUCUGAACUUGGGUGAUGAACCAGUCUUUCUUGAGGCAGUUAGUCGGGAUGAGCGCUCGUAUUCAAAAGCUUUGUUUGAACAUGCAGAAAGAGUUCUCAAGUUGAUUGGCAGGCCAGCUACAGUGAUAUUCAGGCUUAGUGAGCUGGCCAGAAAAGUGGAAAGCAUGGCAACACUUGCCAAGAUUGAUGACAGUGAAUUACCAGAGCCUCCAGAUGAGUUUAAAGAUCCAAUUAUGGACACCUUGAUGAGAAAUCCCAUGAUUCUGCCAACAUCAGGGAAGAUUGUCGACAGAGACAUCAUAUGCAGGCAUUUACUCAGUGAUCAGAAAGAUCCCUUCAACAGAAAGCCACUAAACAUUUGUGACUUAAGACUAGAUGAAGCACUGAAGGCCAGGAUAGACGAGUGGUUGGUUGAACACAGUAAACAUACAGCACACAAGGAUAAAAGUGAUUCUGCCACAGAGAGAGAUGUCAACGGCAGCAACAGCAUUGACAGUGAAGACUAAUUGRUUGGCUUUGAUAGCUCACUAGAGUGGAAUGAGGGGGGAUGUCCUUGGUAUAGUGAGUGGAUAGGUGAAGAUAAGUCAAAUGUAAGGAUUAGAUGACAAAAUUUCUUCCCCCCCCCCAAAAAUGUCAUCUCUGCAUUUGCAAUAAUAUUAAUUAAUAUUAAUAGUAUUUCUCCAUUACUUAUAUAUUCUGUAUACUAGAACAGAACAAAAAAGGACAUCAAGUUAUUCCACUCAAUAYUUUAUUCUAGUUGAAUGCAACUACCACCAGAGUUCAAAUCACAAAGCAAAUGUACGGAUUCUAUCUGUACAGCAUUUUGCCACUUCAUGUACAAAAUUAAUUCUCCUGAAUAAAUUGUCAAAUACAAUAAAUAAUUAUUGCCUGAA